AUGCUCGUGAGCGCGGCACAAGAAAUCAGAAAGCAGAGGAGUGAAAAGGAAGAGGAAAGACAACACGGCAAUUCAACACAGCAGCCAGUUGUUGGAAACAAUGCGCCAGCACCUGUGUUUGGCCUUGAGCUAAAUGAAGUCGACAGUAAUGGGCUAUUGGUUGAACAUGAUAUGUCAGUAACGUUGGAAAUUGACUUGGAAUCGGAUGCAGCGCUGAUAAAUGAAGUUGAUUCAUAUCUGUCUUGCCGAACUGCCACUAACAUUGAUGACGGGUUGAAAAACUUUCCAAACAUUACCGAAAUCUUCAAGAAAUUCAACUCAAUUCGCACAUCAGAAGCUAUUUGUGAACUUCUGUAUAUGUUCCGUGUCUCGUCUCGUGUAUUGUCAUAUAUGUGGUGUUGGCUUUGGCAUGUUGCUCAGGUUUUAUUUAUUGUGAACAGAUUACGUCGAAUUUGGGAACACUCCAGAGUCUGGAGUCUGAUUGGAUUUGGUUUGACUGAUUUUCAUCUAUGGGAAUGAUUCUCACCGACAAGCGAGGCCGUCUGACGCCUGAAUUUUUCGAAGAUCUUCUAAUUCUUCACAUGAACGAAUGGAAUUGAAAAAAUGAGUACCAUUCAUUGAAUCCAUUGAUUUGCAUUUGCCGUAACUAACUUUUACGUAAACGUAGAUAUUUAUUUAAAUUGUUAUUAAGUUCAGACGAGGCAAAUAGCAAACUGAAAAUAUUGUUUCUUUUGGUUAUUUCUUAUUUUUUUGUACCUUUUUGUACAAACUGUACGUUUGUAACGUAGAAAAAUUUAUUUGUUGACAAAUGAGAAAUUGCUUUGAAGUUUAA